CUCCUUGGCUCCCACUCUCCUGGAUUUAGCCGCACAGCACUAAUCAUCAUCCCUCAAGGAUUCCGCACAAAAUCGUUUCAAACCAUAGUCAAUGACAACUUGAGGAAUAAGAAGAGAAUAAGACAAAUUUCGUGUCAUUUUGAUAGCAGGUGCCCUGCCGCGAGUCGCAUAACAUGUAGAAUGGAGAAAGGGACGUCACUUCAAGCAUUAUGUUGAUCCCAGCAGCUCUUCUAUCCAGAGAUGCUCACCAGCUCAGAUAAAUCUCUCUCUCUGAUGCCAGACCACUGUGCCCCAGUGGGUUUGGCUUCCGGUCCCAAAGUCUGCACCACCAGUAGGGGGAUGCACGGCACCCGCUCCUCCCUCUCUCUCCCUGAGCCCGAGGCAUGGCGUCGGACCCCGAUGCCCAGCCCGGGCACCACCCGUCAGGGGGGCCUAGCCCAGGGGUCCCGUUCCUGCUCCCUGCAGGUUCCCCGCUCCGGCCUGGAGACCCUCGCUCUACCCCCGCGGGCAGCCAGCUUCGACGUCCCUUACAGGGUGGAAAAGGCCAGGUCGGACACAGGCUCGGGGUCUGUGAGCCCCUGUAGUAUGCAGAGGAGACGCGGGGGCAUCGUGGAUCAGAAGGAUGUGAUCAGAGCCCACGAGUCACACAAGAUGCAGAGCACACCACAAGCCCGCAGGAAAGAGUGGGAAAUGGCUCGGUUUGGAGAAGAGGUUCAGAUGGCGAUGGAUUCUCGAGACUCCGGGGACCCGGAGCACGGGGAGGACGGCGGGGACACGGCUUCAGGUACAGGGUCAGGGACAGGGUCAGGGACGCUGAAACAAACCAAAGCAGCGAGGGCGCGCACCAUGGCUCUUUACAACCCUAUACCCCACCGGCAGAACUGCCUCACCGUUAACAGGUCACUCUUUAUAUUCGCCGAGGACAAUUUCAUUCGGAAAACUGCCAAGAGGAUCAUAGAAUGGCCACCGUUUGAGUGGGUGAUCCUGGCAACCAUCACGGCCAACUGCAUCGUUCUGGCCCUGGAGCAACAUCUUCCUGGGGAGGACAAGACUCCCAUGGCCAAAAGACUGGAGUGUACUGAGCCUUACUUCAUCGGGAUCUUCUGCUUUGAGUUUGGCAUCAAGCUGGUGGCCCUGGGCUUUGUGUUCCAUAAAGGCUCCUACCUGAGGAAUGGAUGGAAUAUCAUGGACUUCAUCGUGGUGGUCAGCGGAAUACUGGCAACAGCAGGGGCCCACAUGAACAUACCAGUGGAUCUGCGGACCCUGAGGGCGGUGAGAGUCCUGAGGCCUCUUAAAUUGGUCUCUGGGAUCCCCAGCUUGCAGAUCGUGCUGAAGUCCAUCAUGAAAGCCAUGGUGCCCCUGCUCCAGAUCGGUCUGCUCUUGUUCUUUGCCAUUCUUAUGUUCGCCAUCAUCGGCCUGGAGUUCUAUAGCGGGAAGCUCCACCACACCUGUCUACCUACUGCUGACAUCCUGGAAAAUGAGACGAUGGAUACGACCGAGGUGGAGUUUGCCUGUGGAGUGAGGAAGUGUCCAGAGAAGUAUGACUGCAUCGGGUCAUGGAUUGGCCCCAACAACGGCAUCACCCAGUUUGACAACAUCCUGUUCGCUGUGCUCACUGUCUUCCAGUGCAUCACCAUGGAGGGGUGGACAGCUGUACUCUACAAUACCAACGAUGCCUUGGGCUCUAUGUGGAAUUGGAUGUACUUUAUUCCUCUCAUCAUUAUUGGCUCAUUCUUCGUACUCAACCUGGUGUUGGGAGUCCUCUCUGGGGAGUUUGCCAAAGAGAGGGAGCGGGUGGAGAACAGGAGAGCCUUCAUGAAGCUGAGACGUCAACAGCAGGUGGAGAGAGAACUCAAUGGAUACAGAGCCUGGAUAGACCGAGCAGAGGAGGUGAUGCUGGCUGAGGAGAACAAGAAUUCAGGGAGAUCUGCUUUAGAUGUGCUGAAGCGGGCCACCAGUAAAAAUGCUAAACAUAGAGGAGGUCCUGGGGAUGCAGAGAGCUCCACUAUAGGAGCACCCCGUAUGCGGAUCCGUACAGUGCGGCGUGGCCCGGUGGCGUAUAUACGUCGUAAGGAGCGUAUGCUGCGUAUCUCCCUGCGGCGCAUGGUGAAGACCGACACCUUCUACUGGACCGUCCUCAGCCUGGUGGCUCUCAACACCAUCUGUGUGGCCAUCGUACAUCACAACCAGCCCGAAUGGCUCUCCACCUUCUUGUACUAUGCGGAGUUCGUUUUCCUGGGGCUCUUUUUGGCAGAGAUGUUCUUAAAGAUGUACGGCCUGGGAUUCCGCCUCUAUUUCCACUCCUCCUUCAACUGCUUCGACUGUGGAGUGAUAGUUGGCAGCAUCUUUGAGGUGGUGUGGGGCUUCUUCCGGCCUGGCAUGUCCUUUGGCAUCAGCGUCCUGAGGGCACUGAGACUCCUGAGGAUCUUUAAGAUCACCAAGUACUGGGCAUCUCUUAGGAACCUGGUUGUGUCUCUUAUGAGUUCCAUGAAGUCCAUCAUCAGUCUGCUCUUCCUCAUCUUCCUCUUCAUCGUCGUCUUCGCCCUGCUGGGCAUGCAGCUCUUUGGGGGCAGGUUCAUCUUUGAAGAUUACACUCCUGCCAACUUUGACACGUUUCCAGCUGCUAUCAUGACAGUGUUCCAGAUUCUGACUGGUGAGGACUGGAAUGAGGUGAUGUACAAUGGCAUCCGCUCCCAAGGAGGAGUGCAGUACGGCAUGUGGUCCUCCAUAUACUUCAUAGUGCUCACCCUGUUUGGGAACUAUACUCUACUCAAUGUCUUCUUGGCCAUCGCUGUGGAUAACCUUGCCAACGCACAGGAACUCACCAAGGACGAAGAGGAGGAAGAGGAGUUUUUCAAUGCAAGAUACGCCAGAGGCAGAGAUGGCCCGAUGUCUGAGAGGAGGAGGAAGCCCUAUCUCCGCAGGAAGAAGGCCAUUCACAGGGGCCGUAUGGCCGUCCCCGAAGAGGAGGAGGAGGAGAGCGGCGCCCCGGGCGGAGCUGACCAGCCCCCCAAUGGGGCCAACGCCUUCUCCAACCGCCGAUCUGUGUGGGAGCAGAGGGCCAACCAGUUACGCAAGCGGCGCCAGAUGGAGAGCCAGGAGGUGCUGUUCGGAGGCAGCCCCACCGAGGACACCACUGACAACCCUACCACCGCCUACCGUGCACCCACCCGUUCCCCAGACACCAGUCCUGGACACCUGCCCGAGUCGCCCAUGUCCGGAAUCAUGCCCAUGCCUGAACCCCCGAUGUCCAUCGCCAUCCGGCUGCCGGAGCCUCCAGACUCUGAGCCUAGGCCUCUGUUUACAUUGGUUGAGGAGAGAGCACUGCACCAUCGACCCGCCGGUGGGGACAGGAGGCACAGGGUGGCCCGGAAGUUCAGGCCUGGCCUUGGGGGGGCGGAGGAGGGAGGGGUGGCUCGGCAUAGGAGGCACCGUCAUCGCGAGGCCCGGGCUGAGGCCAAGAGCAGAGAGUCCCCACAUGAGGAGGUCAGAGAAUCAGGCAGCAGAGAGAGGAAGAUACUAGAAGAGAGGGAGGAGAAAGAAGAAAAAGAGGAGAAGACGGACAAAGGAGAGGUCGCUGUGGUGGAGGGAGGAGUGUCGGGCCAGGAAGAAGGAGCCAGCAUUGUCAACUUAGAGAGUGAAGAAGAGCAUCUGAGAGUGUGUAUUGCAGACAUCCCCGAGCCUCCCCUAUGUGAUGACUUCCCAGAGUCCCUACCCCCACCCCUGUUGGACCCUCCACCCCAGAUGGAGGAGGGCGAAGUGGGGGAAACUGGGCAGUGUGAGCCCCUGUCUCAGGACCCUCUAUUGGAGCCAGCCCCAGAACAGUUCACAGACCCCCCAGAGCUCCAGGCAGCAUCUGGGGUCAAUGAUUCGGAGAACAACCCAGCCUCCCUGAACUGUGAGGAGGGUGAGGGGCCAGGCCAAGUCCUAGACAGCCAGACUAGUGUGAUCAUAGAGAUGUCUGGAGAACAGCCACUGCUGGAGAUCAUCCCUUUGAGAGCUUUACACAACAACAAAGAGAUGGAGGUGUACCAGCCUGAAAGGAUGGAGAAGGAGAAGGAAAAGGAGGAGAAGGAGGCGCAGGAGGAGGCCAGCCCGCCCAAACCUGUACCUCCUGACAGCAUGUUCCUCUUCAAGGCCUCCAAUCCGAUCAGGAGGAUCUGUCACUAUGUGGUGACCAUGCGCUACUUUGAGAUGACCAUCUUGCUGGUGAUCGUGGCUAGCAGCAUCGCUCUGGCUGCUGAAGACCCUGUGUGCACCAACUCUGACAGAAACAGGGUUCUCCGUUACUUUGAUUACGUCUUUACUGGAGUCUUCACUUUUGAAAUGAUCAUAAAGAUGAUUGACCUGGGCCUGCUUCUGCACGACGGCUCCUACUUCCGUGACCUGUGGAACAUUCUGGACUUCAUCGUGGUGGUGGGAGCUCUGUUCGCCUUCGCUCUGACGAAUGUGAUUGGGAACAACAAAGGCAGAGACAUCAAGACCAUCAAGUCCCUCAGGGUCCUGAGAGUCCUACGACCUCUGAAGACCAUCAAGAGACUCCCCAAACUCAAGGCAGUGUUUGACUGUGUGGUGACAUCCCUGAAGAACGUCUUCAACAUCCUCAUCGUCUACAAGCUCUUCAUGUUCAUCUUCGCUGUCAUCGCCGUGCAGCUCUUCAAGGGAAAGUUCUUCUAUUGCACAGACAGCUCCAUGGACACAGAGAAGGAGUGCCAAGGUUACUACAUAGACUACGCUCGAGACAAGAAGGAAGUGAAGAAGAGGGAGUGGAAGAGACAUGAGUUCCACUAUGACAAUGUCUGCUGGGCUCUGCUCACCCUCUUCACUGUUUCCACUGGAGAGGGCUGGCCGCAGGUCCUGCAGCAUUCUGUGGAUGUGACAGAGGAGGACAGGGGUCCAAGUCGGGGCAACAGGAUGGAGAUGUCCAUCUUCUACGUCGUCUACUUUGUGGUCUUCCCUUUCUUCUUUGUCAACAUUUUUGUUGCUCUCAUCAUCAUCACCUUCCAGGAGCAGGGGGAUAAGAUGAUGGAGGAGUGCAGCUUGGAGAAAAAUGAGAGGGCAUGCAUUGACUUUACCAUCAGUGCCAAGCCCCUGACCUGCUACAUGCCUCAGAACAGACAGACGUUCCAGUACCGGCUGUGGCACUUUGUGGUGUCACCGUCAUUUGAGUACACAGUGCUGGUCAUGAUUGCCCUCAACACUGUGGUGCUCAUGAUGAAGUACAACUCCGCUCCAGCAGCGUAUGAUACAGUAUUGAAGCACCUGAACACAGCCUUCACCGUUCUCUUCUCCCUGGAGUGUAUCCUCAAGAUCAUGGCCUUUGGUUUUGUGAACUAUUUUCGAGACACUUGGAACAUUUUUGAUUUCAUCACCGUGCUCGGCAGCAUCACUGAGAUCAUUGUGGACUUACAGUCAAUAAACACGUUCAAUAUGAGUUUCCUGAAGCUGUUCCGGGCUGCCAGGCUGAUCAAGCUGUUGAGGCAGGGCUACACCAUACGGAUCCUGCUCUGGACCUUCGUACAAUCCUUUAAGGCCCUUCCUUAUGUGUGUCUGCUCAUCGCAAUGCUGUUCUUCAUCUAUGCCAUCAUUGGGAUGCAGGUGUUUGGAAACAUCAAACUGAACGACGAAAACCACAUAAACCAGCACAAUAACUUCAAGACCUUCUCCGGUGCGCUCAUGCUUCUCUUCAGGAGUGCGACCGGGGAGUCAUGGCAGGAGAUCAUGCUAUCGUGUCUGGGUGGGCAGGAGUGUGAGCCAGACUCCUCCAUGGCACCCAUGACCAUGUCCCCUGAUCAUGAGGGAGGCUGUGGUACUGACUUUGCCUACUGCUACUUUGUCUCCUUCAUCUUCUUCAGCUCCUUCCUGAUGCUGAAUCUGUUUGUGGCUGUGAUCAUGGAUAACUUUGAGUACCUGACCAGAGACUCUUCCAUCCUGGGGCCUCAUCACCUGGAUGAGUUUGUCCGUGUCUGGGGAGAGUACGACCGCGCAGCAUGUGGGCGUAUACACUACACUGCCAUGUAUGAGAUGUUGACCCAUAUGUCUCCACCCCUUGGUCUGGGGAAGAAAUGCCCCAGAGGUAUGGCCUACAAGAGGCUGGUGUUGAUGAACAUGCCAGUGGAUGAGGACAUGUCAGUCCACUUCACGUCCACCUUGAUGUCUCUCAUCCGCACCGCUCUGGAGAUCAAGAUCGCACGAGGUGGGGAGGACCGAGUAGCUCUGGACACUGAGCUACAGAAGGAGAUCAGUGUGAUAUGGCCGUACCUUCCCCAGAAGACCCUGGAUGUACUGGUGCCCAUCAACAAAGAUUCCGACAUGACAGUAGGUAAGAUAUAUGCCUCCAUGAUGAUCAUGGACUACUUCAAACAGAACAAAGCCAAGAAGCUGAGAGCACAGCUGGAAGCACAGAAGGCCAGCCUGAUGCCGUUCAAGAGGCUGGAUGCCUCGACUCUCUCUGAAGACAUUCUGUACAAUGCCCAUCCCCUGCCCUGCAUGUCCCUCAGUGCCGGCUCUGCCCUGACCAGAGGAGGCCUGGUGGCGUUGAGUCCUCUCUCCCAGGACCUGUUCGCCAUGCAGCCCAUGACCUCUGACCAGGACACCAGCAGUCAACACUCCAGGACGGAGAUGGCCAGUGGCUCCAUUAAGCGGUCCUCGUCCACUGUGGCUGACCAGAGGGUGAAUGGCCUGUGGCAGGAGGAGAAGAAGAGUCCUGAUAGACUGUACAGACCACGCCACAAGAGCUACAAGGCUGCCGUCUCCCGGUCAGAAAGAAAGAGGCAGUUGGACACAGAGAAGGAGCGCGGGAGGUCUAAAGAGCGCCGCCACCUCCUCUCCCCAGACACAUCCCGCUGUAACUCUGAGGAGAGGAGUCUACAGCCCUCAUGCUCCCCUAGCCGAGAGCACACACACCCCCUGGACAAACAGGGUAACAGCUCCGACAGCCCCAUCCCCACCUCUGAAUCUAGUACCCCUAGUCGCCGCCCCCUGUCCCAAACCCCAACUCGCUCCCAUCCCCACAUCUCCUACUCCCCUCUGGUGUGUCGCACGCACCCUCCCUCCGGGGACGAUGAUGACGACAGGGGCAGCCCAGAGACCCAGAGGUGGGGGGAGGCCUCCAGAAAGGCAGGUGGAGAGGGACAGACCGGGCCAAGGGGUCGUCGCCACCACCACCAGCAGGGCUCCCCUCUGCGUCGCUACCCGUCGGAGCCCUAUCUCACCCUGCAGGAGGACGAGCACAGUCCGGACCCCUCCAGGUUCAUGGAGACACUGACCUUCGAGGCGGCGGUGGCCACUAGCCUGGGACGCGCUAACACGGUCAGCUCCAGCUCCAGCUCUAGCUUCAGCUCGGCCCGACGGGGCUCCAGGAGCGGCUGGCAGAUCCCCAAUGGACACUUCCGGAAACGCCUGGCUCAGACCGUCUCUGUUGCAGGCUGUGAGCCACUCAGCGACACAGAGGAGGACGGCCGCUGCUAGGAGGAGGAGGAAGUGGUGGUGGAUGAGAGGUGAGGAAGGUGCUAGUGUAUAAGAUGUACUACAAUAUAAAAGAAAGAGGGACAUUUGUCGCUCUCUUGCAUUAAUACUGCAUACCUGUGUGAUUGCAGUAUGUUUGAUCAAAUGUGAGGGGAGGAAAAAAAUUAAGAACAUCCAUUUUUUCACUUCCUGCAAGUAGAAUCCCUUUUAAAGUCACACAAGACAAUGUACAAUAAAUAUCUACCCGCAAAUAUUUGACUGUGGUUUAUUUAUAUUCUGACUUAACAAAAGAAAGUGACUAAUAAUAAACCUCAAUUAGCCUUGGAUGUACAGAAAAGAGAUUAAAUAAAUUGAAAGGAUAUAAUUACGUUGUCUGUCAAUAGGUAUUGUCAUUUCUGAAGGUGUUUCUCUGACAUUGAUUUUGUGUUUCUCUUAACAGUGUAUGUGGGGUGUGUGAAUAUGUGCAAAUAUAUAAGGAGAAACAAUAUCUUUGUGAUUUUUGUCAUAAAAUUGUAUUGCCACCAAUACCACUUGAUUGUCUGAGUAGGUUAAAUGGCCAUAGAGAACGUUAACUGUUGACUUAUCAUUAAGUAAAUAAAAUGUCAUGUCUGUUAACAAAAAAUACACACAAACAAUAAUUGAUCAAAGCAAUGUGUUUUGAAAUGUAGUAGAGAGGUUUUUACCUCCUGCGCCCUCCACCAUUAGAUUUCUUAUCCAUUUACUGUCUACAAAGGGAACACACCUCUUUAGUAAUUAUCUAUUCAUACGUAAACUAUGUAAUUCCUGUUGUAAAAUGUCAAAGGAAUAAAACAAUGAUCAAUAGGACAGUUAUCCACUGUAUACAAACAGAAAGUGAAUGGCACACUCUUCUGUUGGGAAUCUGUAUGAUUUAUUUACAUUUUUUUACCGACUUGCAGGACAAUUGAAAGCCGCCAACAGUGUUAUGAAAUGUGAUCAACUGUUUUUCAGAAAGGAAUGCCUAAAUAUCCAGUGUGAUUUAAAAAGACAGUGCUUUGCUAUGAACUGGACUCUAGAGAACCAAAUGACUCGAAUUACACCCAGAACAUGGCUUCAAUUCAUCAAUGAACCUUUAUUAAGUCACUAGGAAAACCAGCAGACCAUUUGCCUGUCUUGGACCAACUUUCAUCUUGUCAACGUACUGUACCUGUUUCUCUUCAGUUGUUACAAUAUUCUACCAUUUGACGGAUUCAUUCCUUGUCAUCUUCCAGAAUCAAUAACUGGCACAGAAGCAAUCAUGCACUUGGAGUGUUCUGUUGUUCAUCAAUGUAGCCGUCCACAUUCUCUUCUUUCUACAUUAGCUUACAACAUCAUCGGUAUGUGUCAAAGAACUCACUGCAACUGUAUAUCUUCUUCAUUCUUUAUGUCAAUACCGUAUGAACCAUUACAGACGACAGAUGUAGAAGGAUGUUUUCCGCACCUGUUUUCACCCAUUAUUUAGAAUGGUUUACUAAUAAUGUACAGUACAUUUCUAUCAUAUUUUCUGUAGGAUUGUAAGAGACAAUAUCCCUUUCUGCUCACAACAUGCUUGAAGGAUGGAAUAGGGUAUCUCUGGAAUGUUAAUUUAAGGUAUUUGUAUUUGUUUUAUUUGCCUGAAAAAGGGUAAUGAUUCUGUGAAACUCAGUUAACCAAAAAACAUGGAGAAUUGUCCUGGAAUGCAAAAUAGUUGUUUGGUUUAUGUGUGUAUAAUAGCUGUAUAUAUUAAUAAAAGUGUCCUCAA